GGCAAGGUGUGAUUCAUAUGAGAUUAGGGAUCUAUUCACAUACGUCGCCUACCAUCUGAUGCUGAGGAUGAGAUAUACAUGUGCUGUGAUCUUUCUGUCAAGUCUCGUCUCAUGGACAUCAUCCGACAUCCCCUUCCGUAACGCCUCCCUCCCCUGGCAGGUGCGUGUGGAGGACGUGGUGGGGAGACUGACCAUCCAGGAGAUUCAGGCCCAGCUGGCCAGUGGUCAGGGAGCUACCCCACCAAUCAGCAGAUUAGGCAUUGGGGAAUACUCUUGGUGGACCAACUGUGGUCGGGGGGAUGUCGGACAGAACUCUACGGCCUUCCCCCAGGCCAUUGGCAUUGGAGCAUCCUUUGACAAAGACCUGAUCUACCGAGUGGCGGAGGCAAGCAGUACUGAGGUUCGGGCCUACUACAACUACUUCGUGAAGACGGGGUCAAUGGGCAUCCACAAGGCUCUCAGCUGCUGGAAUCCCGACAUGGACCUCUACAGAGACCCUCGCUGGGGCAGGGGACAGGAAACUCUAAGCGAGGACCCCUACCACGCUGGUGAGAUGGGAUUCCAGCACGUGAAAGGUCUCCAAGGUAACCACCCACGCUAUGUCAGGACCACUUCCGCCUGUAAACACUUAGAUGUGUCCGAUGGACCGGAAGACUGGCCUGUGGACGCUCAUGUAUUCCAUGCCAAGGUUUCAGAACGAGACUUCAGAAGCUACUUCCUGCCUCCCUUCAGGAAAUGUGCAGAGGCUGGGUCGUUCGGCUUCCACUGCUCCCUCAACUUCAUCAACGGUGUCCCCGCCUGUGCCAACAAGAAGCUACUGACAGAUAUAGUCAGAGGGGAGUGGAACUUCACAGGAUACGUAGCAGCAGAUUCUGCAGCUCUCGUCAACAUGAUCCAGAGGCAGCACUACUUCAACAACACCGUCGACGCCGCCGCAGGCUGUCUGAACGCUGGUUGUGGCCUCGAGGUGCAGGAGGGUGAUCUAAGAGUGUAUGACUCUAUCAUUGAUGCCAUACAUCAGAACAAAGUGUCCGAGGCUUUUGUCCGGGAGCAGAUGAAACCCCUCCUCUACACCAGACUCAGACUCGGAGAGUUCGACCCCCGGGAGAUGAACCCUUACAACUACCUUGACAUUGAUGACGUCGUGCUGAGCUCCACACACCGACAGCUGGCUGUAGAGGCAGCCACCAAGAGUUUCGUCCUGCUGAAAAAUAUCAAUAGCUUUUUACCUAUCAAGACACGUUAUAACCACAUUGCUGUGGUAGGCCCCAUGGCAAAUGACAGCCAGCAGGUGUUUGGUGACUACGCCCCAAGUCCCGACCCCCGCUAUAUCACCUCUCCCCUGUCCGGACUGGUCAGACUGGGCACUACGGCCACCCACGCUGCCGGCUGCUCCAGCACCUUCUGCACGGACUACAGCAAGACGGAUGUGGUUAAGGCGCUGCAAGGAGCUGACGUGGUGUUCGUGUGUCUAGGAACAGGUCAGGCUAUAGAGGGGGAGGGAAAAGACCGACACAACAUCUCUCUUCCGGGACAGCAACUGCAGCUUCUUCAGGACGUCGUCAGCAACACCGACAAGCCCGUCGUGUUGCUUUUGAUCAACGGCGGCCCCCUCAACAUCGGAUGGGCGACAGCAAACCCACGCGUCGUCGCCAUUUUGGAAUGUUUCUAUCCGGCUCAGGCAGCAGGUGACGCCAUUUUGUCUUCUCUGGCCAACCUUGGGGUGGGGUCUGUGCCAGCCGCCAGACUGCCCUUCACGUGGCCGAGCAGUGAAAGCCAGAUUCCGCCCAUGGUGAACUACUCAAUGGCUGGGCGGACAUACUGGUACUUUGAUGGAGAGCCUGCCUUCCCCUACGGCUACGGCCUGUCGUACACGACGUUCAGAUAUGCUGACUUUACCUGCGACAUCACCGUCAUGGCCGGGGAGGGGCUGUGGUGUAGCGUCACUGUCUACAACACCGGGCCAUAUGACGCUGAUGAGGUCUCCCAGGCCUAUAUGUCGUGGCAAAAUACCUCACUUCCUGUACCCAGAAUUCAACUGGUAGGGUUCACCAGGACAUUCAUUGCGUCCGGUAGGUCGGCGGUCUAUGAGUUCACACUGGACCCCAAGAAGAUGGCUGUGUGGACAGAUAACGAUGGAUGGGCGGUUCUUCCAGGUGCGAUGAACAUCUAUGUUGGAGGCCAGCAGCCCAAUCAGCGGAUGUCUGUCGGAUCUAACGUGGAACAGAGACAGUUUCAAAUUAUAGGAACGAAAAUAUUAGGAAAAUACUAAACUGUCAAGAUCA